AAUCAGUUUUGUGGUGUCACAUAAUGAAUCAAACAGUAACAGCUACCGCCAAUGUAUUUAACAAUGAAACCGUUAACGAUAUUAGCCCGUUGCUUCUGCUCUACGACUUCGGCGAAAAUGAUGGUGCAUUUAUUAUGAUUUGUGCUUUCUUGCUAGUUACUUUGCAAACUGGAUUUGCUCUGCUUGAAUCAGGAUGUGUUUCAGAAAAAAAUGAAGUAGACAUGAUGUUGAGAAACGUGGUAGACAUUGUGCUUGGAGGAAUAUCUUUCUGGCUUUUUGGAUAUGCUUUUAUGAUGGGAAGAAGUAACCACAACAAUCCAUUUAUCGGCUUGGGAGAUUUUCUCAUUGAUCCAGCGGUGAUCGAUCCUUUGAUGGGAAACAUUUUGGUUGUUUACCUUUUCCAGAUGACUUUCUCUGCUUCGGCGACAACGAUUGUUGGUGGGGCGGUUGCUGAAAGGUGCAACUUCAAAGCUUAUUGCCUGUUCUCCUUUCUUAAUACUAUUGUUUAUUGCAUACCAGCCGGUUGGGUAUGGGGAGAACACGGUUUCCUAAGUAAGUUAGGAGUUGUGGAUAUCGCAGGAAGCGGACCAGUGCAUCUUGUAGGAGGCGCAUCGGCUUUUGCAUCAGCUAUGAUGCUUGGACCACGGCUUGGGCGCUAUGCGAAGGGUAUAGAACCUUUACCGUUAGGUAAUCCAGUGAACGCAUGCAUGGGUUUGUUUGUUUUAUGGUGGGGAUGGCUGGCGUUCAAUUCUGGUAGCACAUACGGUGUAAGCGGAGCAAAAUGGGUUUAUGCAGCUCGAGCUGCUGUAAUGACAAUGAUGGGAUCUUUUGGAGGAGGCAGUUUCAGUAUACUAUACUCGAUGGCGCGCAACGAAGGACGCUUGGAUAUUGUCGAUCUAAUUAACGGCAUCUUAGCAUCUUUAGUGUCGGUGACUGCCGGUUGCUUUUUGUACUAUGCCUGGGAAGCUAUUAUAAUAGGAGCUAUAGGAUCUGCUCUAUGCUGUUUGUGUAUGCCUCUCUUUGACAAAAUGGGUGUAGAUGAUCCUGUGGGUGCCAGCGCUGUUCAUGGUGUAGCAGGAAUAUGGGGUGUUUUAGCUGUAGGAUUAUUCGCUGACAAUCCAAUUCCUUUAAGUACAACGAACGGCAGAAUGGGAUUGUUCAAGGGAGGUGGCUGGUAUCUGCUUGGUGUACAAUCCCUUUCUGCUUUGUGUCUUGCUUGUUGGUCAAUCUGCACUACUUUAGCACUUUUGUGGAUUAUUAAUAAGGUGGUACCAAUCAGAAUGGAUCCUAAUGAAGAACUCCUAGGUGCUGAUCUAAUGGAGCAUCGGAUAAGACAUUCACAGAUUGGAUUAUCAAGAGCUCUUUCGGCGUUAGCUCCUUUGAAGGUUGAUCUGGACGAUGUUAUUAAUGCUCCCUCUAUUGGCCGCAAUCCUGGUCACGAUCAGUGUUUAGAUGAGAUACGUGCAGCAAGUCAGAAGUUAUACGAGUGGCGCUCUUUCAUGGAUAAAAUGUCUCCUCAGAAAAAAUCUAGCGAUAAAACGUUGGCAGACGACAAUAAGUUUUCGAGCAAAGAUUCGUUCAAACUGCGAAGUAUGAAGCGGAAUAAUAAAAGCAAUACUGCAACGUAUGCUGAUAACUAUGGAUUUGAUGGAAAGUCUACGAAUAAUGCAACAAAUACUGCAGCAAAUAAACCUUUUUCCAUAUCCGGAAUGGCAGGAAGCAGUAUCCAGCCGGAUAGAAACGAGCAGAACUUUGCUUGGAUAGAUUGAAUAAAUAAUUUGGAGCGAUUAUAUAGAGGGUCGUUCUACGGGAAUCGACGAAAUAUUUUUUGCACGUUCUGUGUCCAAAAAAA